AUGUAAUCUAAAAAAAAUCACUAAAAAAUAUAUAAAAAAACACUUGUCAUCUGGGGAUCAGCUCUUUGACCACCAAAAAAAACACUUUCAUCGGGCGGUAGUAAUUUGAAUUGAGUGAACAAACAUCGGGCCACACAUAUGAUAUGUCAUUAGGUGGACACAACUUCAAUGCUGAAGAUUAUUUGAGUUAUAUUAAGUUAUUUGAUUUAAUAAUUAAAUAAAAAAUAUAUGAAAAUAUCGGUCAUCAUCGACAUCAACACAUCAAAAAUAUGAAGAUAUUGAUGACAUUAAUGAUAAUUGUUUUACAAUUGAAUCAACUGACCGAUUGUCGAAAACAUCGUUUAGUUUUGACGAAUGAUGAGCGCAGGUAUAUAACUAUCAGUACGUUUGGCUAUUUCAUCGGCGGUCACCUUAGUAUCGAAGUCAACAAAUUCAGUGAUCGACCACAUAAUGACAACUCUAUUUUUGGCUUCACAUUAGCCAAAACAAUGAGUGAUAGUCUUACACCAUAUCUUGAAGGACAUGAAGACAGAUGUUUACUCAAGGAUGAUGUCGUAACCAUUAAUAAUGAUGAAAAUAUUGGAUUAGUUUCGAUGAUAUUUGAUUUCAAGAAAAAUCGUGUUGUAUUGAAGUGCAAUAAAUUGUUAUCCAAAUUGCGAUUUUCCGAUGGUUUCGGCUUAAGGCAUAAACGCGAAAAUAAAUCAAUCGUUUCUAAUAAAUUUGAAAUUAAUAAUAAUAAUAAUGAAAACAAUAAAGAAAAUAAUAAUUUAAUUUAUUAUAAUAAGAUUAUCGGUAAUAAUGCAAAUGAUAUUAAUGUUAUCAAUAAUUUCGAUUACAAACCAAUUGACACAAAAAUCGAUGAAAAAGAUGAUUACAAAUCAGUUGCAAUUGACGACAAUAAUGACGAAGACAUUGAAGACAAAUCGUGUUCAAUACCGUACGUCAAACUCAUCAGAAGUGGUGAUCCAAAUCAUGCAGAAUAUAGUUUUAAAAUUCAGGCAGUGAUUGCCGAAGACUCACAGGAAGGUCUUUAUAGUCUAUUGUUUCACAACUGUCCCAACUAUGGACCUAACAGAGGAUCUGUUAAUCUCAAUAUGACUAUAAAUGAAGACAAUUUAGGCAAUUAUCUAUCAGCCGGUGAAAUACCAUUACCGGGACUGUAUUUUGCACUGUCGGUCAUAUUUUUAUUGUUGGGAAUCGUAAUGAUUGAUGUUAUCCGAAACAAACACAACUAUGCCUUUAAACUACAUUAUCUGAUGGCUGGCUUUGUGUUUGUCAAAGCGUUGUGCUUAAUGUUUGACGGGAUCAACAAUUACUACAUAUCGAUUGAGGGCUCAAAAGUGGAAACAUGGGCUGUCCUCUACUAUGUCACCCAUUUAAUGAAUGGCAUCCUAUUAUACAUAAUCAUUGUACUGAUCGGCACCGGCGGGUCAUUUGACAAGAAAAUAUUAAUGAUUGUGAUUCCGCUUCAAGUUUUAGCGAAUAUCGCUGACAUAAUAACCGAAGAGAUCGAAAAAGGAGAACUCAAGUAUAAUAUGUGGCGCGAAAUCUUCAUUCUAGUGGAUCUGUUGUGUUCCGGUGUCGUAUUGUUUCCCAUAUUUUGGUCCAUACGUCACCUGCAGAAGGCAUCCAAAACCGUCGGCAAUUCGGCCAUUAAUUUACGAAAACUGAAACUAUUGCGACAUUUCUUUAUAAUGAUUGUCUCCUAUAUCUACUUCACCCGAAUCGUUGUCUAUCUAUUGAAGAUAACGAUUCCGUUUUCGUACGAAUGGCUUAUUAUUUUCUUUCAAUAUUUGGUUUCAUUAGUAUUUUUCAUACUAACCGGCUAUUACUUUCAGCCGACAUCAACAAUCAAUCCAUACUUUCAAUUGGAUCAAAGCAAUGAUUACUUAAACUAUAAACUGAUCCAAUCAUAAUGUUAAUGAUAAUUAGUCGGCAACGCUUACCUUAGAGAGGGUUUCGUUUUUUAUAUUGUUUGCGCGUGUAUUACAACACUGUAUUAAAUGUAUUAAUAAAACUAUUUGCACGUGAAAUCACUCGAUUGUAUUCACAUUAGAAAUUUUUUUUUUAAAAUAAAAUCAUAAUAUGACUCCACACCACCCCUACCUAACACACUACUAUCUAACCUCACCCACCCCACUACCACUUCCUAACCUCCCACACCCACUCCCCAAACUAACCCAAAUAUAAAGAUAAGUUUAAUUGUUUUAUAUUACACUUUAAAAACAAUAUAAAAAACGAAGCCCUCUAAGGUAAUAAUGCCAAUUAGUCUUAUUUUUCAAAAAAAAAAAUAAUUAAUAUUUUACUUAAUUUUGAAUAAAUUAUAAAAAUUCAUAAAUUUAUAACUUUAUUAAAAAUGUACAUGUAUAACA